CAUGAACUUCGCAGAGUACGCCUUUGACCCCCUCCAUCUUCCCUCUCCCAGCAGCGACGACGACCACGAUGCCGGUCCGUCCAAUGCUAAGAACAUCAAACGCGGGACUAGAGCCUGUGACAGGUGCCGCAAACUGAAGAGCAAGUGCGAAUCAACCCAGGGCGACAAGUGUAAAAAUUGUGCCGCAGCAGCUACGCCGUGCACGUUCCAAGGUCCCAGCUUCAAGCGUGGGCCACCGAAGGGCUAUAUUCACGCCAUCGAGCAACGAUGGCAUCAAGUAGAAUGCAUCUUAGGCGCCAUCAUGGCGUCCUCGCAAGCACAAACUGUUGUCGGGGAACUUCGUAGCGAUCCUCUUGCACGAGCCAUCCUUGACAGAGUCGACUCUGGCCCGUACGGUCCGCGUGGAAGGGUGCGACAGCCGCCUCAAGGCGCGACCUCCGACAAUUUCUAUGCGACUAUCAUGGGUACAGAUCAUGCAUCACGGGACGAUCGUCGUGCGCGAAGGCAGUCAAGGAUGACGCGCGAAACAGUCUCAAUUGAAGACGCCACGAUGCUGGCCGCUCCAACAAAAGAAUGGCAGGAUUCUCUCAUUCGUCGCUUGAAUGGGACUGUCGUGUCAGAUUAUACCUCCGUAUCUAUGUCGACACCCAUUACAAGUUCUGCCUCUCCUUCUUCAUCCUCUCAUUAUGAACAAGGACAAGGACAACAAGAACCUAGGAGGAGAAGAAGAUUGGAAGGUUCAUAUGUUCCUGACAGCGUGUUGGCCCAGAGCAAUUGGGAUGAGCAAUAUUCUAUGUCCGGUGACCCGAAUGCGAAUUGGGACGAGGUAGACGACACCGUGGAUUCGUUCGGUCAUUUGGCGCUCGAUGAUCACAAAGAAAUUCGCUACCAUGGACACGCAUCCGGUCUACCGCUUCUGGCCCGAAGCGAACGGCAAGAAGGUGACAGGGAAGCCCAUGGAAUCUGGAAAUUCCCUCCUUUGAAGGAGGAGCCUGUAUCGGAAAGCUUCGACUUGAGCGCGGAUGAUGACACCAAUGUGCCUUUACCACCUUUGGACUUACAGCGACACCUCAUCGACUUGUACUUCACAUAUGUGCACCCGUUCUUCCCAGUGAUAAACAAAUGGUAUUUUCUAGACAACUACCCUCCGCACAGCCCGCCCAGUGCAAGUUCUGAGGCCAUCGGUGCACCAGCGGAUUCUGCUCAGAAGAUCAAUAAGCUUUUGUUGCUAGCGAUGUUCUCACUGGCAGACAGGUAUUCGAACCUUGGGCCGAAUGAUGGUAACAAGUGGAACUCGGGCAUGCUAUAUGCGAUCCAUGCGAGGCAGAUAUUGAACCGCACGUUCCAAUAUAGUCGUCCAGCGACGGUACAAGCCCUCCUACUUCUUGGAAUACGCGAGUUUGGAUUAGGUGCUAUGGAGCAAGGAUGGCUAUACUCUGGUAUGGCCUUGCGUAUGGCCAUCGACCUGGGCAUGAAUCGUAAUGCGGACAAUUGGACGGACAAUGCAAAGGACCUGUUUUCUCCUGUUGAGAAGCAGAUCAGGAAGCAAAUCUGGUGGUCCUGUUGUAUCACAGACAAGUUGUCCGCGAUGUGGAUGGGUAGACCUAUAACCUUCCGGGCAAACGACUACACUACGCUUAAGCCGGAGGUUCCACUAGAAGAUGAGUACGAUAAUUGGCAGCCAUGUCCUCCAGACGCGCUCGGUCCAGACUUCCAGCCUCGUCCCUCUAUGAUUAUGAGCUGCUUCCGCGAACAAUGCGAAUUAUCCGUCGUCAUCACGUAUAUAAUGAAUCAAAUUUACCCAGUGAAGAGUUUAAAUGACACAUCGCGACGGACGCUUCUGCAGCAGCUGGAAGCACGUCUACAUAGUUGGCUCUUCAACCUUCCUGAGCAUCUGCGAUACUCGACAACAAGCAGUCUCAGCGUACCAUUACCGCAUAUAUUAAUCCUGCACGUUGAGUACUGCGCGGCGGUGCUCUUGCUUCACCGUGCGUUUAUUCCACAUGCAAAUGGGCGAUCGGAUGACAACGGGGACGGUAAUCCUCAAUCUGACCCCCUUCCGCUCAAAUCGUUCGAUAUUUGCCAGAGCGCUGCCUCUCACAUCAGCUCAAUAGUCACCGUUUACGAUGAAAAGUAUGGCUUGAGCACGGCUCCGCCGUUCUUGUCUAUAUAUUUGCAGAGCGCUGGUAUCAUGCAUGUUAUCACAUUAAGCAGGCAUCCACAGAACCCGCAAGCUAUCAUCGGCUUGAAACAAUGCAUCUCGGCGCUUGAGAAGCUAGAGACUGUCUGGCCUAGUGCAACUCGAGUGCGCAUAUUGCUGGAAGGCGUGAAAGUGAGGAAAGGUCAAAUGGCGCCAGCCCCCCAAAAUCAGCAGAACCAGCAACCCCUGCGACACAAACGUUCAGCGGAAGAAGCGUUGGGUGCAGAAAGGAACUCGGACGUCCUUGAGCGAGAAUCAUCCGACAGACAUGCUACGUACACUGAACCUGGGGCGGCGCAGGCUGCCACAAGAUUCGACGAGCAUAUCAACCAGCACCUGAUGCUUCGCACGCUGGGCCUCGAUCUGCAAGGAAUAGAAGCAUCAACCUCGUUCUAUCCUGGAUAUCAGUGGUGGCCACACCAGAACUUCCAUGAAGCGGUCAUGCAGGGCCAUAUGAUGGACAUUGCGACUGCAGGCACAUCGACAAGCAUGUUGAGCGACGCAACGAUUCCCGAGGCAUCCUUCACGUUUGACCAGCAGCAUCUGAACCCCGAGUUCGUGCAGGGUGUCCACUACCCUAUCCUCGAUCCUUCUCAUCUGUUCCCCUCCAAUCUGCACCCGUAUCCACCGCAACAUGAUCCCGGAUCUUGAUGAGGCCUGGGCAAGACGGAUGAUUUAGCGAAUAGCCAUUAAUUUAUGUGGGUCUCCAGCUGCUUGAUGUUCCGUUAAUGUAGUACCUAGUAUACAUCCAAUCUACAGUCAUAUAAUAAAUGUAUCAGGCGAACCGCAAAUACACUCGCGGAGGAGAGCUCUACAUAGAAAACUUGC